UGAACUACUUCCGGGUCAUUUCACUCCGUUAGGAACCUAAGUAUGUUCCAUUUACUCUACGGUGCCAUUUCAGUGUAACUCCAAUGAUGGCAGCUCUGUUGACAACACAUGUGCAGCAGUUGUCUGGAGACGAUGCGCAGCAGAGUGAUUCUGAAGGAGGGAGCCACGAUGAAAGGUCAGAUGAUGGCGCGAGUGAUGGAGGAGAAGAUGACGGAGAUGGUGAAGGAGGGAGUAAUGGGGAGGAGGCAGAGAAUGAAGACGGAGAAGAGGAUAAAGCGGCAGAUGAGUGUAAUGCCAAUGCUGGGUGGGCAGAGGCCAUGGCAAAGAUCCUCGGGAAGAAAACCCCAGAGAGCAAAACCAGCAUCUUGGUAAAGAACAAAGAGCUGGACAAGAUGAAAGUAAAAGAGAGAAAGGAGCAGCUGGAGAGAAAGAAACAGGUUGACAAGAAGCGAGCGUGGGAGAUGAUGUGCAGAGAGAAACCUGACAUAGUGAAGGACCGUGAGACUGAAAGAGCUCUACAGAGAAUUGCUACCAGAGGGGUGGUGCAGCUGUUCAAUGCUGUGAGGAAACACCAGAAAACAGUCGAUAACAAGGUGAAGGAAUUUGGUGGCUCAGAGAGGAAGAAGGCCAAAUUUCUUUCAUCUGUCUCUAAGAGAGACUUUAUCGAUGUGCUAAGAAGGACGGAGGAAGGCAGCGGAGUCACCGGCAAGACUGGAAAGGACGCUGCUACUGCAGCAGAGGAGAAGCCUGCCUGGAGCGUUCUCACAGACGACUUUAUGAUGGGAGCCAAAAUGAAAGACUGGGACAAAGACAGUGACAGAGAGGAGGCUGAUACACACUCAGGAGCGGGGGUGGAAAGUGACUCAAACUGACACGAUCCAUACAGACUGAAGGGACUGUGUACAGCAGGCUGUGAUGCCUUCAGGGGGGACAUUCUGGAGAACAGAAACCCUGACCUGUGACAUGCAACUAGGGCUGCAACUAACACUUAUUUUCAUGUUCGAUUAAUCUGUUGAUUAUUUUCUCAAUUAAUCGAUUAGUUGUUUGGUCUAUAAAAUGUCAGAAAAAUGUGGAUCAAUGUUUUUCAAAGCCCAAGAUGACGUCCUCAAAUGUCUUGUUUUGUCCACAACUCAAAAUAUAUUCAGUUUACUGUCAAGACACUAGAAAAUAUUCACAUUAAAGAAGCUGGAAUUUUUCGAAAAACCGAUUACUUGAUUAUAAAAAACAGUUGGUAAUUAAUUUAGUAGUUGACAAGUAAUUGAUUAAUCUAUGUAGCUCUAAAUAAAACUCCUGAUCAGUUUGUCUGCACAAAAAGGAUAGAGAAAAUCUGGAAACUGUUUUUUACUGAUUGUACACCCUAGAUUUCUUUUAUCAUAGGUCACAUUCUGGUAUUUGUUGCUGAAUAUAUUUUGCAGAGAAGGGAAUGGUUUGUGACUGUACAACAUCCUGUACCCUAUAUAAUGGAGAAAUUAACCAAGGGGGAACUUAAGUAAGAGUUUUACUAUGUGGAGCUGCAGGUUCUGAGCUUCUGCCCUCCAUCAUAAAUUUAGCAUCAGUUUGCUCCCUUUUGUCUACAUACUAUUGUAUUAUUGAAAGACCUGUGAUGGUGUAAACUCUGUAAAUAGGAAUGUUUUAUACAGCGCUGGUUGAAUAAACAACCAAUUUGUGUAUCACCGUCAGUG